AUGUGGCACACGCACAAAGCAGCGGUUGAGGCGGCGGUCCCCAACCGCGAGCAUGACCUCUUGAAGGAUCACUUGAUCUUUGACACCUCUAGCGAGCAGGGGAAACGUGAGCUUGCCAAGGAAGCCAUCGCUGCCAUCAACGGAGAUGCCAAGCUCCGAGAGAGGUUGGGGGGAGCAGAAGGAAGGAGAGCGAUGGAGCUGAAGAAGAUGAUCGAGCACUACCAAACUCUCAUCGGCCGUCACAAUGGCAAUAUUAUCGCCACCAUCCAAACUGGAGCAGAGGGCCAAGAAAGGCUGGACUUAGCAGGCCUUGCGACGGAGGACAUGAUGAAACGGCUGAAGGACUUCAGCAGCAAUGCUGGACGGCUACGAAACUCCGUGGAAGAGCUUCGCAAGGCCACGAGGCCUCUUGAGCUGGCGGAAGCAAGCAUUACUGGAGGGAUCGGCUGCAUUGAAGCACUUUCGACGCUGGUAUCUAGCGUGAGGAAGAUGCAGGAGCUGCACAUAGCGAGCUCGUCCAAGGCGGAGUACUACAAGCAGAUCAACGACUGCGUCAUCACCUGCAAGGAAGCAUGGUCGAAGCUGCAGGUUGCUGGCAAGCAUCCCAAGUUAGCCGCGGUGAAGAAGGCCAUGAAGGAAUGCUUCGCUACUGUAUCGGUGAGCUGCCGGUCGGAGUUCAAAGCUGCCCAGCAAGCAGCGUCAAAGGAACAUGGCCAACAGGUGCUGGCGUUUACCUUUGUGGUCACCAAAGAGUCGGAGGUCGACCUUUUGUUUCCCCAUGACUGGGGAGUCGCGCGGCAGCUGCUGCGAAAGAUUCUGAGGGAGGCAGAGCAAACCUUGCUGUUGAAGCUUUCAGAGUUUGAGGGGUUGCGGCUGAAGAUGAACUACUACGAGCUCACAAAGGUGCGAUUAGUGAUGAUGAUGAUGAUGAUGAUGAUGAUGAUGACGACGACGACGAUGACGAUGACGAUGACGAUGACGAUGAUGACGAUGGAGGAGAUGAUGGAGAUGACAAUGAUGAUGGAGGAUGAGGUGACAGUGAUGACGGUGAUUGUGAUUGUGAUUGUGGCGGAGAUCAUGAUGCAGAAAUUGGGGCAGAAGAUGGAAUCAGUAGCAAAAGAGUUCGAGCAAGAGGCGGACAAGAGGUGGGCUAUUUCUCGACCUGUGGCUGAAGAUGAUGAAGCAGAGAAAGCUUCGUUACACGAGUUGCAGCAGGCGGAUCACUGUUUGAGCCGGAGGUUUACGGAGUUCUUCAAGUCCCAUCCCGAGCUCAAGUCGCAAACCUCCUCCUCGACCGCAAACAAGCCUGAAGGAGAGGCCGAGCGGGGGAGCGGGAGCCGGGAGCAGCACAGAGAAGGAGAGGAGGGGAAUAAGGACUUCAUUGCUGUCUUCACGCUAGAGGAGCUGGACGAUAACGUCCAGGAGAAGGAUGAGCAACGGGACGUGCUGAUGGUGGAGGAGGAGAUUGAGGAGGGGGGAGACUACAUUUCCCUUGAUCGCUGGAGCCGAGGAUUGAAGAUCCUUCAAGCUGAUCUCAGUCUCUGGGUGAUGGUAAACAUGGAAGUUUCAAGGAGGGCGCACAAGGCCAUGCUGCAGAUGCUCGAUGCUCCCAACAGGCAGACGGGGAGGCAGCAUGGAGCGAAGAAGGACAAGGGGACCGAGCGGUCAGGGCAGCACGACAAGACCCUCGGCCAACAGCCGUUCUCCCUCCGGUAUCGCCUCCAGCUCCUCUUAUCCCACAGGGAGGAGGGAUGGCAGGACUUUGCCAUCCUCGACCAGACCGUCUCCUUCAAGACCUGGAGGUCCUCCCAGCUCCGACUCAUCCUGUCCGUCGUGCAGGUGGCGCUGAAGCCCGGGGCAAGGCCAGAGGAGGAGACGAGGAUGGGGAGCGAGGAGGCGGCAAGCGAGAGCGUCGCGAUGAGCGAGGAGAGGUGGAGGGUGAUGGAGGAGGCGAGAGAGUUCACUUCUCCUCAACUGCUACAUGCCAUUACGAGGUUGACAGAAGAGAUCAACCAGACCGAAGCUCCGUCCUCCGACCUCUGGAACAAGUACUGUGAAGCUCACUACAUGCGCGCUGUGAGAAGGCUCAAGAACCAUGUCCUAUCUGUGCUGGAGAGGAGGCCCUGGGCCGAUACCUACGGCGUCCUGAGCAUCUUGAUGUACGAGAAGCUGGUGGCUGUUGGCUGCUUCGAUCCGAUGUCUGGAAGUCUGUUGUGCACUUGGGGAGAGAGCAGGGCAGGGCAGGGCAGGGCAGGGCAGGGCAGGGCAGGGCAGGGCAGGGCAGAGCAGAGCAGAGCAGAGCAGAGCAGAGCAGGGCAGGGCAGAGCAGAGCAGAGCAGAGCAGAGCAGGGACAGGGUGACGGGGAUGCUGCGGACGUUGAGAGAAGCGAUGGACCUGCAUGA